AUGUCUGGACGAUCGUCUGCUGCUUCUGCUGCUGCGACUGCUGCGACUACGACUGGCGACGGCCGUGUCCGAACGCUGCCAUUGACGCGCGGCGUGUUUGCGACGCACGCAUAUGCGCCGUGGUUUGCUGGAGCGCACCAGCGCAAGUAUCGCAGGCAGCAGCUGCAGCACCGCGAGCAACAGGCGCAGCGGCGACUGGCGCAGCAGCGACCGGAGCAGCGACCGGAGCAGCGAGGCGGCAUGGUGGCAAUGGCGACAGACGCGAGCAAUCCAAGCAAGGAGGACGAUCAAGAGGACGACGAGGACGAGGACGACGAGGACGACGAAGACGAUCAAGAGGAUCAGGCCGGUGGAGCAAGUCCAAUGCAACACGACGACCAGGACGAAGAGGAACUCGGGCGGAACGAGCUGCUGGAGGGCGUCGACGCGCUGGUGCGAUUGCUUAAGGCGAGGCUGGACGAGGCGAUCUGCAGGGAGGUCCCGCUGCCGGCAGUCAUUGCGUUCGACGCGGAAGACGAUGAUGGCGCGGAUCCAACCGCCGUGGACAUGCAGGCGAGUGCAUCCGCAUUGCCAGCAGCACGGCAGCGUAAUGUUGCAGAGCAUGGGUGGGUGGCAAUCGAUCCCGCAGACAUGCACAUUAGCGUCACUCGGCCGCUCGUUGUUUCGCACGCCAAGCUCAGCCCGCUGCUGGAUCGCAUGCGGGCUCGUCUGCGGCACCAGCACGGCGGCAUUGUGGUCGAUCUGGCAGACGUCGAGUUCUUUGUCAACGACGAGCGAACGCGGACUUUUGUCAGCUUGAUGGUGCGACGCGGUCUGACUGGACUGAAGCCGCUGGUCAAGCAGGUUGAUGCCGUCCUGCGCGACUUUCCCCUCCAAGAAUUCUACGACGAGCCCCGCUUCCAUCUUUCCGUGGCAUGGUGCGUCGGCGACUGCAUGCCGCUCUUGCAGCGCUUGAUCACUGGCUGGCCUGCCUCGCUUGUGCAGCGCCCAUCCGCGGCGCUUUCGUCGCUGGCCACGUAUGCUUCCGAUGAUGACGAGGGCGAAAGUGCAGCCAGUCAACAACCGGUUCUCUCGUUCGACGAGCUGAACAGCAUUGUUCGUGCCGUGCCAAUGGGUUGCUCGCACGACGCGCGUGGCUCGACUCCAUCUGAAGAACCACACCGCCGCUGUCCCGCCCGGCGACUGUACGGCCGCGAGAAAGGUGUGACGGUCAACGCAACCUUGUCGCAGCAAAUCAGUGUCAGCGGGCUGCCACACCACAUCAAAUAA